AUGGUGAGAGCUGCCAUCAGUUUUUCCUCUGACAUGUUUCCCUGUCAGCGUCAGCCUGACUCCAGUGUCAACUGGGGACCUGUAACAUCCGGCACCGAGCUGGGGGCAGGGUCUGACUGCAAGCCAUGUUUACGGGAAUUCACUGAUCACCGCACUCCUGCUUUGGAGUAUCCCACCCACAGAAGCUUCCUCCCAUCCCUCAUUGCUGAGGAUGACUCCUUCUGCACCAACAUGGCUGAAGAGAAGGAGGAUUCAUCUUCCACAGAGCUGGAUGUGCCAGCAGCAGACUCGCACAGCAGCAUGGAGGAUCUCCUCUCAGACUCUGCUCUCCACGGCACUGAGUAUUACAAAGAUCUGGGGCUCCUGAGCGUGCCCAUUGCCAAAACAGCUCCAGAGACAGCAGCACAGCCAGAAGAAGGAUCCCAGGCUGUGCCUGCUGUUUGCUUAUUGGAAGAGAGACCAGGAACUCUGAGCAAACUGUCUGUGGAUGUUGCUUUCUCCAACCCCAUUUCCUGCUUGAUGCGUUACGGCGAGGCCGAAUGCCGCUUUCUCAACAAAGGCCAUGUGUGCCCCUGUGAAGCGGGGCCAGGAGAUGGAACCAGCACUCCCGAGUGUCCUGCAGAGGCAGACAAGGAGCUGGACCUGGGGGAGGCUCAGGAUUCCUUCCCCACACUGGUGAGAUCUAUGUCCACCUCUCGGAGGCACAGCUGGGAGAGCCCCUUGUCACCGGUGGACUGCAAGCGCAGGUUCAGCCUGGAUGUCACAGAGAUGGGCAGUGACCCAGAGCAGGAGCAUGUGGAGAAGAGAAGCCAGUCCUGCCCACAGCCUCAUAUGUCCCUUCAGCUGCCCAAAGGGGUGCUGGGAGCCUGGAGCAGUAGCAGGGCUGGCACAGUGAUCAAAGUGGAGAUAGAGCCGCUGCUCCCGAAGCACGGUGGGCCCAGCCUGCAGGAGGUGAAAUGUGUCAACAAUCGGAAGAGACUGAGGUCCAAGUCUGUCCCAGCAGCCUGUGAGACCGUUGCCUCCCCUCAGAUACCUCUCAGUUUCAACACUUCUCUUCCAGUUGUGGAAGGUGUUGACCCCCUGCUCUGGAGGUGCUGGAGAAGGACCACGUGUCCCCAGACCACGUCUUAAAUGUCCAGAAGGUUCUUCAGGAGCUGAAACAUACCAUGGGGUGAAGCAGAGAGCUUGUGUGCAAGAAGGC